AUGACCACCACAACAGGUCCCUCCCGCACCGGCCCAAUCACAUUUCCAUUUUGGCUUCGCUUCGCUACCGCUCACACUGCUGCUAGUGAUGGAAUCGGAGAGCCGAAAAAGCCCCCAUGCGUGGCAUGUUACGAGUCGGGAAAGGAGUGCAUUCUCACCAAGUCCCGCCGCGGAGGGAACUUUCGACACUUUCGGGCCGGGUCACGGCUGGGCACUGCAGCCCCGGACAAUACUAUCCUUACACAGCCAGAUAAAGUAUUCGGUCCGCAACGCGAUGUGUCCUCUGAUGACGAAAGGAGCACUGCAAGGGAUGAUUCCGGUGGUGUCUUGGCCAUGGAGCUGAGAAAUCCUUCCGAUGCUCUGCAUAUUUUGGCCCUUUCCGGUGAUCAGCCCCGAGCGCGCCAUUCAAGGACAAGUCCCAACGGCGCAGUGGUCCCUAUAGUGCAAGGCAGUACGACGACAGCCGCGAACCAGCCGCUUGAGUCUCAACAUCAUGUUCACCCCGUAUGCACUGUCUUUGAUGAUUAUGAGCUGGUGCAGAGAGGACUACUGCGGCCAAGCCUCGUGUCUGAGCUGCUCCUCAAGUCGGUCAUCUCGGCUGUUUAUUGA